AUGUGUGAUUAUCUUCAAGAUUUCUUAGCAACUCCCACUUUUCUCCAUCAGUCAAUUUUGCUCGGUGUGGAACUGGUCCCGAACGAACCGUCCUUGAUUGACGCACAAGAUGGACAUUAUCCAACAGUUCUAGCACUAUUCAUUAGUCUAAAAAGCUACAACAGUCCUAGUUUAGCAACUGCUUUAUAUUGUACUAGUGCCAGUAUUUUUACUCGAUACGGAUAUGUAUCCGAUGGUUCUAUUGAUCACCAUUUUACAAACAAUCCUAAUCAUUUGGUUAAAUCCUCAUUCAAUAGUGCAGGUAAAUAUGGUAACGUUGUCUUGAUUCGAAGAAACGGAACUGAGGGAUCUAAAGUGCCAUUAAUUGAUAAGCAAAGCAUUUUUGGCAGCGACGACAACUGCGAUAUUCGUAUUCGUAAUGCCAGUGUUCAGAAUCAACAUGCGAGAGUAUUCAUCGACACCAACAACAAGGCUUGGAUAGAGCGUUUACAACCUUCAGCACAGAUCCAUGUAGCCGGUGAAGCCCUCUUACAGAGGCAAUGUCGAAUAAAAGAUGGUACUAAGAUUAAAAUUGGCAAUAAAACCUUUCUAUACAAAAAAAGUGACAUCAUAAUAGAUACACCUAACAAGCAGGAUGCCAUCGAUGACAAGGAGAAUAUCUCAGGUCAAGGAGACAGAAAUACUGGCAUCUUAAUACCUGGCUUGGAAUGUCAACAACAGCUUUCAGCUAAGAAACUCAAACAAAUUAGGAGAAGAAGUUUUAAGUUAGAAGAAAGCUUCGUAGACGAUACGGACAGUAAGAAGCAAGAUCAAAUUGAUAUUGUCCUUACCCUACGAAAUGAUUCGUUAACAUCGGAGUAUCACGGUGAUAGCAAGGUGUCCACUUCAGAUCAAAGCAUGGAUGAUAGCUUUCGAUUAGAUGGUAAAAUUAAAAAUCGCCGAUCUAGAGGAAGACGCUCAUCAACAUCCUUUCCAGCUAAUAAUACUACUGCUGAAAAAAAGACUGAACAGAGCAAUAGCCAAAAUAAUGAUGGAUCUGCAAAUGUUCGUUCGAAAACUCCAGAAAAGAGGAUUCUGAAUGAUAUUACUUCUGUUGAUAGUCUAAUGAAGACGGUUGAUGAAUUCUUUGCACCGAAAAGGAAUCGAAAAAGUGUAACAUUUGGACCGCAUUUAAGUCCUGAAUUAUAUAGUAAGAAAAAUCCGACUGAUACUCCUGUAAAGCGAGGUAGAAAACCAGUUUAUACUCCAAUGCCUUCUGCUGGUAAAGUAAAGAGUCAUAGCAAACGUAGAUCGAUACUUAAAACUCCCUCUGUAAUUGCUCUCGAUGAAGAUGAAAAGGAAAGCAAUAGUUUAGUUGAUAUCGUUUCUACGCUAACUUUCGAUAGUAAUGACCUAGUUUCCUUGCAAGAAUCAAAUCAUCAAGAUAAAGCGGAAGAUAAUAUAGAAACUAGAUCUUCAGCAACAACAAAUCAUCCAAACGAUAAUAACUCAAGUCAAAUCUCUAUGGCUAAUUCUUUGGAUCCGGAAUUGAAAUUUACAGCGGUAUCUCAAAAUGAUGACCCGUGUAUUACUAAACGCAGGUCAUUUCGAACCAAUAUAAUAACGAGACGACAUUCAGCUGAAACUUCAAGACGGCAGAAAAUUUGCGAUAAAAGUAGUGUUAAACGACGUAGCAACGCCUGGGUACCUACUUUGUGUGAUAAAAGAAGCGAUGAUAUAAUGAUUACUGGAUUGUGGAAGAAAGAUACUCGAAAGAGGCGUUCAUCUCAGCAAAACAAAGCUAGUCAAGAUAUCUGUAAUGAUAAUAAUCAAGAUAAUGACGUUCCUCAAUCUGUACCAUCGGAGAUGGAAAACUCAACACCAGAUAGGUGCUUUGCAGAAGCUCAUCACUUGAUUAAAGAUCUCUUCGCCACGCCAAACACCGAUAAACUGAAUCACCAGCUUAUUAUUAAUAAUAAUGUUGCUACUUCAACUGAAAAAAUGAUUCAACCUAAUUCUACCACUGAAACCAACAAUGUUUGUAAAACACCAAUAAACACUCCAACAAAUAAACGUCGAUCGAAAAGCUCAAUGAAAAAAAACAGUAAGACAUUAUAUGAAUCUUCCUUAUCAACAUUGCUAAAUAGUAGUAGUAGCAGCAGCUCAACAGAUGAAAAAAAUACUCCUAUUGAAGUCAAUCAGCAACAAUGCAUGACUCCAGCAUAUGAGAUUGGUAAAGCGCAACAAAAUCCAAUCAAUUUAUUAAUGUCAACUCCAACUUUCGUAACACCAAAUGGCCUUAUUAUUGAAGCAAGGUCCAUUAAUCAAUCAAAUCUGAGCAGCGUUCAUGAUACGAAUGAAGAUGAAUAUGAAGGCAAUACAUCUCAGUCCCAAAAUCAAGAAAGAGUUGAUAUACCUACGAAAGUUCAAGGGGACAUAGUCUCUGUUCAAGACGAUUUGCAAUUAGGCAGUAUUAGCAAUCUCAAUAAGAAAGAAUGCCAGUUUACUACUGUUGAUAGUGAUCAGCCACUUAUUAAACCAAGGCGUGAUAGUAAUCAUUGGAUACCCACCAUAGGUGGUAGACGUGGUGAUGAUAACUUAAUAGCAGGAACAUUUAGAGCUAAUACAGCUAAAAGAAGCAGUUUUAGGUCAUCAUCGGUAAAUUCCAUUAAUCAAGACAAGUAUCAAAAUGGAUCAGAAUAUGAAUCAGUUAGCGUUGAUUCGUUACAGGAAUCGGUUCCUAUUAAUAAUAAUGAUCAAGCCAUUACUGAGCAAUUAGAUAAUGCUGACAAGACAACAAUUGCUGUUGAUGAAAGCAAAGUGCAAACAACAAGUGAAGCAAUAAAGUCUAAUAAUCUACUAAGGAAUUCGAUUUAUAAUCAAACUCCUGUUAAAACUUUGCCUUCAGAUUAUGAUUUGGAAGGAUUGCAAAAUCUCUUUAAAACGCCAAAGUUUAGAGGUAAAUCUUCUGAUGAGAAUUUGCUUGUUUUAAAAGAAUGGCUUAAGACACCCAAAAAUCAAAGAGAUAUUACUAUGGAACCUGCUUACGAUGGUUUACAAAAGUUACUAAAAUCCUCUAAGAUAGACCGAAAAAUUUCAGAUGAAUAUUUGCAUGUAUUAAAGCAUUGGUAUAAAACUCCCAAAGGUGCUAAAAAUCCUCCGCUGGAACCCGUAGUAGAUGGAAUUCGAGAAUUAUUCCAGACACCUAUUUUUUCUAAGAAUAUUGCCUCUCCAAUGAAUGAGGUAACCUCAUUAGAAAUAUCCAAUUCUGAAGAAACUUCAUAUCAAAUGCAAACGCCAGCGAAAACAAGUUUUAACGAGAAUGAUGUUGAAGGUUUACAAAAUCUCUUUAAGACGCCAAGCUUGAAGCAUAAUUCCGGUAAUGAGAAUUUAUUAGUUUUAAAGCAGUGGUUAAAAACACCAAAGAGUAAAAGAGAUCCCGCAAUGGAGCCAGUGUAUGAUGGAUUACAAAGACUGCUGAAAACGCCUAAAUUGAAAAGCCGAUUUUCAGAUGAGUAUUUAUCUACUCUUAAGCAAUGGUUUAAAACACCAAGAAGUGUCAGAAAUAAAUCGCUUGAGCCAGUUUUUGAUGGUCUCCAACAAUUAUUUGAGACACCUAGCUCACUAAAAGUCGCUGACUCUGCAGAGACAGAAAUUAAAACUACACUCGAUAGUGAGAUGACGGCAAUGGAUACAUCUAAUUUGGAAGAAAGUAUUCAUCUUAGGCAAACACCAGCUAAAGUAUCUCUCGAAGAAAGCAAUAUUGAAGGUUUACAAGAUCUUUUUAAAACACCAGCAUUUAAUAAUAGUUCGCGUAAUGAGAACUUGUCAACUCUAAAACAAUGGUUGAAAACACCUAAAAGUAAGAGAGAUCCAUCGCUAAAGCCAGUAUUUGAUGAAUUACAAAGACUGCUUAAAACACCUAAAUUGAAAAGUCAAUUUUCAGAUGAAUGUUUAUCUGUUCUGAAACAAUGGUUUAAAACACCAAAAGGCUCAAAAUGUACACCACUUGAACCAGUUUUUGAUGGUCUUCAGAAGUUAUUCGAGACACCCAGCUUACUUAAAAUUGCCGAUUCUCCCGAAAUGGAAGGCAAAGUUGUACUGACCAAAGUGAUAACUCCAAUAGAUACAACUUAUUCAGAAGAAAGUAAUGAUAUCAUGCAAACACCAGCUAAGGUGUCUCUCAACGAAAGUUACAUUAAAGGUCUGCAAGAUCCCAAUGAAACACCAAAAUUAAACAAUAAUUUGUGUAAGGAGAAUUUGCAGGUACUAAAGCAAUGGUUGAAAACUCCAAAGAGUAAACGAGAUCCAGCAGUAGAGCCGAUGUAUGAUGGACUGAAAAGACUGCUUAAAACACCUAAGUUCAAAAACCAGUUUUCAGAUGAAUAUCUAUCUACUGUUAAGCAAUGGUUUAAAUCACCAAAGCGUGCUGAAAAUACGUCACUUGAACCUAUUUUCGACGGCCUUCAGCAAUUAUUUAGAACACCUAGCCCGGUAAAAUUUGCUGAUUCUCUUGAGAUGGAUAAUAAUACUAUACUCACUAAUAACGAGACUUCCAUGAACUUAUCCAAUUUUGAAGAAAAUUCUUAUGUAAUGCAAACACCAGCUAAAGUAUCGUUUGAAGAGGGUGACAUCGACGGUCUACAAGAUCUUUUUAAAACACCAAGAUUUAAAAAUAAUUCGUCCGAUGAGAACUUGCUAGUUUUAAAACAGUGGUUGAAAACACCCAAAAGUAAGAGGGAUCCAUCACUAGAACCAGUAUAUAAUGAAUUACAAAGAUUGCUUAAAACACCUAAAUUGAAAAAUCAAUUUUCAGAUGAAUAUUUGUCUGUUCUUAAACAAUGGUUUAAAACACCAAAACGUACCAAAAAUACAUCACUGGAACCAGUUUUCGAUGAUCUUCAACAAUUAUUUGAGACACCUAGCUCACUAAAGGUCAUUAAUUCUUCUGAGAGAAAUAUCAUAACUACGCCUACUAGUGAGAUAACUGUAAUGGAUGUAUCCAAUUCAGAAGAAAAUAACAUCAUGCAAACACCAGCUAAAGUAUCUCUCGAAGAAAGUAACAUUGAAGGUCUACAAGUCAUGAAUUCUCCUAAGAGAAAUAUCAAAACUAUAUCUACUAGUGAGAUAACUGCAAUGGAUGUAUCCAAUUCAGAAGAAAAUAAUAUCAUGCAAACACCAGCUAAAGUAUCUCUCGAAGAAAGUAACAUUGAGGGUCUACAAGAUAUCUUUACAACACCAAGGCUUAAAAAUAAUUCGUGUAGUGAGAACUUGCUAGCUUUGAAGCAAUGGUUGAAAACACCUAAAAGUAAGAGGGAUCCGUCGUUAGAACCCGCAUAUGAUGGAUUACAGAGACUGCUUAAAACACCUAAAUUGAAAAGUCAAUUUUCAGAUGAAUAUUUAUCUGUUCUUGAACAAUGGUUUAAAACACCCAAACGUGCCAAGAAUACAUCACUUGAACCAGUUUUUGAUGGUCUUCAACAAAUGUUUGAGAUGCCCAGCUCACAUAAAAUAGCUAAUUCUCCCGAGAUAGAAACUGUACCUAUUAUGCAACAGGAUAAGAAUGAGUCAAUAAAUAGUGUGAAUGCAGAUGCAUUAAACGAUGGCGAGAUUACAAUCUACAACUUACAAGAUCACCUUGAACCAAUUUCAGAUAAAAGUUCUGAAAUUUGCGAACAUGCUGCUGCGAUUAGCGAGCCAUUAAUGGCAGAAAUGACUUGCGAACACAGCCCUAAGGUAAAUGAACAAGAAAUGAAUAAUCAAGAUGAAGCCUUGAAAUCUUUGGGAUAUUUGCUGAAAACUCCUCGCGCCAAAUUGAGUGCACAAAGUAUAGCUGAACGGGAUAAUAUUUUGUUUGCAUUGAAGGAAAUAGCAAAUACGCCACUUUCUAAGCAAGGUAAAGGAGAUGUGAGUAAAGAUCAAUGCUUGAAAGGGUUGAAAAGACUCUUAAAAACGCCACGUAGUAAUAAGAAAAGUGCUCGUUACAGUGUUGAAGUUGGUUUAUUACCGCGAUUAUUUACAUUACCAUCUGGAGUACAUACAUCAGCAAGUCAACAAGAAACUAUCUACAAAGGAUUAAAAGAACUAUUUCAAUUACCUAAAGACUCCAAUGAGACUACUAAUGAAUUUAUGACUGAAUUGGCGGAUUUAUUUAACAGCUCUACUUAUAUUAGUGAGCAUGAUCAACAAAAUACGGUUGAAAAUACAAGUCCGACUUCUAAAACAUCAACAACUGCAGAUUUUAUAGAUACCGAGACUCACAAAGGGCAUGUUAGCCUUGACACUAAAAGAGAUGAAAUAGUACUUUCUGAAAGUAAGCAAAUCAAUACAUCACCAAAGAACGUUGAGACAGCCACUACUCUUAAGAAUUCCACAUUGCGAUGCAAGCGUGCACCCAAAAGCACCAGAAGUAAAGCGACUAACUCAAGGCGAACAAGUUCACGUAAGGUCAAGUCAACUAACCCUGAUAUUACAAAUAAUGUCAUUAGCAGUGAAGAUUCAACCUCAACGUUAAUACGCACUGGUGGUAAGCGUAAAAUAAACGAUGCAGUUACUGAAGAACCAAGAAUGAAAAAAUUAAAGAAAAACAAUCAUAAGGCUACGAAACGUCUUUACAAAAGCGAACAAGUUGAACAAAAACUAUGGAAUAACGUAGUUUUGAUGACACCUAUAACUGAAUUAUCUGAAAGUGAAACGUCAAGUUGUAAGAAAAAUGAUUUGUCAUCACCGGAUAUCGUUGCAAAAGGAAGGAAAAGUAAAAAGGUUAUUCGCGAUACUAACAAAGAGAAUAAAACUAAUUUGAUUUAUGAUUUGGGAGAAGUAGACCAUACAUCUUCAACCAAUAUUAUAGACGCAAAUCAUAAAAAUAUGACCCUAGAUUCUGAUAAUACGGCAGCAGCAGUUGUAGAAAACGGCAAGCCUACUAGAAUUAGUAGGAAACGAAAAAUUGUAUCAACAAAGAAAGCGGAUUCUGAGUGCUCAGUUACACCUGAUGGAAAGAAUGUAAUUGAUUUAGAGGUAAGGUUAGAAAAUAAAACUACCAAACUUACUCCAAAGCGAGAAGCUGUUAAAGAAGGCGUGAGCGAUCAUCCAACAAGUACAAGAAAUUUGCGACAGAAAAAGUUAGUCGAAAAGGAGCCAGAGCCCGUUAAAAGGAGUAAUGCAAGAGCAACUCGUACAAAAAGUAAAAUUCUUGAGCAACAAACAAUUAACAAAAGUAUCCAAUCUGAUCAGAUUUUGCCAAAAAAGACUCGUUUAGCACGUAGGAAAGAUGAAAAUGCAACUGAAGAAGGAUGUAAAACUACCACUGAAACUACAAGUAAGGAAAGCAUUCAAUCUGAAAAAGUAGUGUCAAAAAGAAGUCGUUCUGCCCGUAAGAUAAAUGAAAAUAUAAGUGAAUUGGCAAGCGAAACUAAUGCUGACGAAGCAAAUGCUGGUAAUGAUGAAAAAAUAAAUUUAUGUAAGGACGUUGAUAAACAAGUUGAAGUAAAUGAAGAGGCUCCUGUAAAUACAGUUACCUCACAUGCCAUCAGUACUAUCGCAAAAGAAGAAGAUAAGGUUACUGCCUUUGUGCUGCCAAAACGCAAGAGUCGAAAGGAUAGUAAGAGCUGUGAUGAUAGUCAAGAUGAACGUCAGAACCGCACAUCAACAAGAUCGUCAACUGUAAUCAAACGUGAAACUAGAUCAUCUACUCGUUCUGCAGCUCCUAAUGAUUCUAGUAGUGACAAUGUAACUGUGGAUGUAAUUCCUGCUUCUACUACUGGACGAAAAUCAAGACGUACGCAAAAAAAAGAUAAUUUAAGAACAUCUGAUACUACCCACGACAGUAGUGAAGAAGGGAAACCUGUUCUUAAGGCAACCCGGAAAGUUAAAAAAUUAUUGACUGCGACAAAAGAGUCAUCAUCCAUGGAUAAUGACAGUAAAUCUAGUAAUAUAGAUAGUGCAGACAGCCAACCAGUCCAAUCUCGACGAUCUCGGCGAUUGGCGAAUAAGUCUGUUCCUUUAAAUUGA